UGUGUGUGUGUGUGUGUGUGUGUGUCAGUGAUCCUCAUAUGACGCCAGGAUUAUGAGUUUAGGAUAAUAAAGUAAUUACACACACACACACACACACACACAGACAGACGGAUGAAGUGUGUGUUUCAGACGGUCGAGUGUCAGAAUGCCGGAGUUUGAUGUGAUUGUUCUGGGAACGGGACUGAAGGAGUGUGUUUUAUCUGGACUGAUGUCCGUCAACGGGAAGAAGGUCCUUCAUAUCGACUGUAACCCGUAUUAUGGAGGAGAGAGCGCCUCUAUUUCACCUCUGGAGGAGCUUUAUAAGAGGUUCCAGGUCUCUGCUCCUUCGACACCAAUGGGGCGCGGAAAAGACUGGAAUGUGGAUUUGAUUCCCAAGUUCCUCCUUGCGAACGGGCAGCUGGUGAAGAUGCUGCUCUACACUGAAGUCACUCGCUAUCUGGACUUCAAGGUGGCUGAAGGCAGUUUCGUGUUCAAAGGAGGGAAACUUCACAAAGUUCCCUGCACUGAGACCGAGACACAAGCCUCAGAUCUGAUGGGGAUGUUUGACAAGCGCAGGUUCCGUAAGUUCAUGUCCUUCAUCCUGAAUUUUGAGGAGAACGAUCCCCGGACGCAUCACGACAUGGACCCACGCAGGACCACCAUGAGGGACGUGUUCCGUCACUUCGACCUGGGCGAUGAUGUCGUGGAGUUCACAGGUCACGCUCUCGCCCUUCACGUCAGUGACAAUUAUCUGGAGCAGCCGUGUCUGGCGACCAUCAACCGGAUCAAGCUGUACUCCGAGUCUCUGGCCCGCUACAGCCUCAGUCCGUAUCUCUACCCGCUGUUCGGUCUGGGAGAGCUUCCGCAGGGGUUCGUCAGGCUCAGCGCCGUCUACGGGAACAGCUACAUGCUGAACAGACGCGUGGACGACAUCGUAAUGGAGGGCGGGCGAGUGGCAGCGGUGCGAUCCGAGGGAGAGGUCUUCCGCUGUAAGCAGCUGAUCUGCGACCCCAGUUAUAUGCCGGAGCGCGUGAAGAAGGCCGGCCGCGUAAUACGGGUCAUCUGUCUGCUCAACCACCCCAUCAAAAACACACAUGACGCCAACUCCUGCCAGAUCAUCCUCCCGCAGACUCACCUCAACCGGAAGUCAGAUAUCUACGUGUGUCUGCUGUCCUACUCCCAUAACGUGGCGGCCGAAGGGAAGUACAUCGCUGCCGUGAGCACCAUGGUGGAGACCAGCAACCCUGAGAAGGAGGUUCAGCCCGGGCUGGCGCUGCUGGAGCCCAUCAUGCAGAAGUUUGUGUCGGUCAGUAACCUGAUGGUCCCGACGGAUGACGGCCGCCGCAGUCAGAUCUUCAUCUCUCGAUCGUAUGACCCCACAACGCACUUCGAGACAGAGACCGAAGAUAUCAUGGAUCUGUACCGCCGCAUCACGGGGUCAGAGUUCAUCUUCAGGAACCCCCGAGACGGUGACGGCGAUUCUGACGAGUGAACGAGGGAUCGAUCAGCCAAACCUCAUCCUUCUGUCAUCAUUAACGUUCCAACACAACUAAGAAACACUGUAUCUGGGGGUCCUUCAAAAUAUCUACUGAAGAACGAAAGUCAUGCAGGUUUUGAACGAGUAAAUGAUGACAGAACGAUGGUUUUUGGGCGGAC